UCUGAUCUGCAUUCGAAAAAGAAGCGUCCUCCAUUAUUAUUUGAAAUUGAACGCUGAUAACUGAUUUCGUGCGAAUAAUUCAACUACUUAAAUUCUUAAGAAAAUAAAACAAAUUUUAUGCGCGGUUUUAUUUCUGUUUUGUGAAAUUAUCCAUAAAAAUAUUGUAAUUUAGUACGGUGAAAUUUAAAGGAGUAUCAUAAAAAUAAAAUAACAAUUUUCGCAGGAGGCGCGUAAAUUGCCCCAAAAUAUUGAAAAAAAAUUGUGCAAAUACUUUGAAUUAUAAGAUCAAUAAAAUAUGGAAUCAAGAUUGCCAAAACCCUCGGCCUUAAAACGGCCAAUGCCAAUAACGAGAACCAUAUUACCGAUUGAUAGAAUAAAAUCAGCGGGAUUUGGUAGUAAAAGUUCGCAAUUAUUAAGCAAUAGCACAGCAUCCUUGUAUACAUCGCAACCUUUAACAACAAAUUUGGCAAACAUGCAAAGCGUUAACAAUCCAAGAGAACGUGCUGCCUCUCCUGAAGCUGCAAGAACAAAUACUCAUGCACGAGCAAAACUAAGAAGAAGUCGUUCGGCGUGCGAUAUACGAGAUAUGAGGCCAAUUAAACGUAUGGAUUCAACUUUAGCACCAAUUCCAGCUAAAACAUCCAGACUAAUGUCCACAACUGUUGCUAAUUCAAAUCGGCCGCAACGUAUAGCAACAAAUAGCAACAAUAACACAAUUGCUGGAACCUAUACAAAUAACACUGUCAAGCGUCAUACCAGUAGACCAGCAACCACUGCACAAACUACAACUGGCACCAAAAAAACAGCUACUGAUUCUGGAAGUUCGGCGACAGCUGUUUCAACAACGGGUGCUGGAAAACCCAUCAAUAAAAGGAUACCGCCGUAUGAUUUUAAAGCCCGUUACAAUGAUUUACUCGAAAAACACAAGAUAUUGAAGGAGAAAUUUGAAGAAAAAUGCCAACAAUUCGGAACUUUGGAGAGUUUGCCCGAGCAAUUGGAAGAAACACAAAGUCAACUUAUUAUCACCCAAGACGAAUUAAGAAACACCCAAACAAUCAAGGGAUGUCUAGAAGAGCAAGUAAAAAUGCAGACAAAAAAAAUUGAAUCCAUUGAAGGAAGUCUAAGUAAAACACAAGAAGAACUGGAUAAAUUGUUAAAGGUUUAUAAUAAAUUAAAACUAGAACAUGCUGAAAUAACUACCGAAGUGCUUGAAUUACGUGAACGUUCAACUGAUCUGGCUGAGAAAAAUGAAGGACUUUUGCAAGAAAUUGAGAUUUGCAAAGAACAACUAUUUCGUUCAAAUAUGGAACGUAAAGAACUGCAUAAUACUGUUAUGGAUUUGCGUGGUAAUAUUCGAGUAUUCUGUAGAGUACGUCCACCAUUGGAAUGCGAACUUGACAAACAAUUGUGUGGUUGGAAUUAUCUAGACGAAGCUACAGUAGAAAUUGUCAAUUAUGAUAAAAAUAAAACUAAUGCACAUACGUUUAGUUUCGACCAAGUAUUCCAUCCGGUCUCUGCCCAGGAAUCCAUUUUCGAAAUGGUCUCUCCUCUAAUACAGUCCGCUUUGGACGGCUAUAAUAUCUGUAUUUUUGCCUAUGGCCAAACAGGCAGCGGUAAGACAUAUACUAUGGAUGGUAUAUCUAGCAAUCCGGGAGUUAUACCGCGAACAGUGGAUCUGCUAUUUGAUUCAAUUAAAAACUAUCGCCAUUUAGGUUGGGAAUACGAAAUUAAAGUAACAUUUUUGGAAAUUUACAAUGAAGUUUUAUACGAUCUGUUGAGCAACGAACAGAAGGAAAUGGAAAUUCGCAUGGUUAAAAAUAGUAAAAACGAUAUUUACGUUUCAAACAUAACACAAGAGACAGUAGAGUCCGCAACGCGUUUGCGUCAACUGAUGAAUAUUGCAAAAAUGAAUCGUGCCACUGCUGCCACAGUGGGCAAUGAACGAUCAUCACGUUCUCAUGCUGUGACUAAGAUUGAACUGAUUGGUACUCAUGCUGAAAAACAAGAAAUUUCGAUUGGCUCCAUUAAUCUGGUAGAUUUGGCUGGUUCUGAGUCGCCCAAAACAAGUACUCGCAUGAAUGAAACUAAAAAUAUUAACAGAUCAUUGUCGGAACUGACAAAUGUUAUAUUGGCCCUAUUACAAAAACAGGAUCAUAUACCAUAUCGCAAUUCGAAAUUGACCCAUCUUCUAAUGCCAUCGUUGGGGGGCAAUUCUAAAACACUUAUGUUUAUAAAUGUAGCUCCGUUCCAGGAUUGUUUUGUAGAGUCUUUGAAAUCGUUACGUUUUGCUGCCACUGUUAAUCAAUGUAAAAUGGCCAAAGCAAAACGUAAUCGUAUUUUAAAUAAUUCUGCCCUUGGAAAUAGUAGUACGAUUAGUAAUUAGUUUUAUGUGUGUAUUAUUUGUUAAUUGUUUUCUUAUUUUUCUUUUUAAAUAAAUAAAAUUCCUUAAUUAAAAAGGAUAAAUAUAUUUAUAUUAGAAUACCA